GACGACUAUCCCCCGCAGAGGCAUGCUGGCGCAGUGGGUUACGGUCCAGCAUACGGCAAGGGCCCGGGUCUGGGCGAGAAAAUCACAGGCAUAAAAGAACAGAUCAAAGGGAAGCUGUCGCACAAUCCCCAGCUCGUCGAGCAAGGACAGCUUCGUAAGACGGGGGAGCUGAAGAAAAGACAGCAAGAAGACAAAGAUCCCUUCCAAGACCCAAUAUCUGGCUCGCAGCCCGCUCAGGCAUCUGGCAACAAACCAUCGGACAACGUCACGUCUUCGGCGCCGCACGAACGCGCCUCCACCGUCGCGCCUCGUGGAACUGAUGCAGCUGAAGAGCAGCGCGGAGAAGGCAGAAAUGUCAAGAUA